AUGGCAAAGGUAAGGGAUCAGAAGCUAUACGUGACCGUUCCGAGUCUCUUUCGGUGUCCAAUCUCCAUGGACGUCAUGCGCUCUCCCGUAAGCCUCUGCACCGGCGUCACAUACGAUCGCGCCAGCAUUCAGCGCUGGCUCGACUCAGGCCACGACACGUGUCCCGCCACCUUGCAGGUUCUUCCCUCCAAAGACUUCAUCCCCAAUCUCACGCUCCACCGCCUCAUCCGCCUCUGGCUCCUCUCCUCCUCCGCCGCCGAACCCUUCUCCCCCUCCUCCGCCGACCAUCUCCGUCCUCUCCUCCGCAAAAUCCAUACCUCCGACGACGACCUCGCCGGAACCCUCUCCAUAAUCGCCGAAUUCUCCCUAAAAUCCGGUGAGAAACGCCGGUCUCUCGCCACCUUCCCCGGCUUCGACUCUGCCCUGGUCCGCGCGCUCGCCGGAAGCAAUUCACUGAUUGACGCUGCGGAAAACUCGAUCUAUCUUCUCGAUUCGGUUUUCCGAGAAAACGGAGAGAAAAUCCGGAAGCUGAUUCUCGACGCUCGCGAAGAAUGCUUUAGUUCGAUGGUGUUUGUUCUGAGAAACGGAUCUAUGAAAUCGAAGAUUGAAACAGUUAGGAUUUUGGAGUUUCUCUCGUGCGAUUUUCAGUCUUCGAAAUUGGUCGCGGAGACGCGAGGAUUGUUGCCGUUGGUGGCGAGUUUUUUGAAAGACGGUGUAGAGGAGCUAAACGAUGCCGUUUUGUCUCUGCUCGGCGUCGUUUCGGUGACUCACUCCGCGAAGAUGGAACUCGUUAGUUCCGGAAUCGUUGAAGUGGUUACGAAAUUGCUGCGAGCGUGUUCGGCGGCGACGGCGGAGAGGUGUCUGAGGAUGCUGGCUAUUCUGGCCACGUGCGCGGAAGGGCGGGCGGCGAUGGCGGUGGAGCCAUCGCUUGCUGCGGCGGUGGUGGAGAGAAUAACGAAGGCGCCCAAGGCUGCGGCGGCGGACGCGGUGGCGGUGCUGUGGAGCUUGUGCUGUUUGUGCGGGAACGUGAAGGUGCGAGAUGACGUGGCAAAGCGCAACGGCGUCGUAGUGGUUUUGUUGGUCAUGCAGAGGGGGUGGGAGGAGCACGUGAGGAGCAUGUGCGUGGAUUUGAUUAAGGUUUUGAAGGGUCCUGCGUGUAAGAACGGGUUGGGGUUGGAACUAGGAUGCUAUGACACCAAAACCACUCAUAUCAAACCUUGUUAA